AUGGUGAAGGAAGCAGAGGAGUGUGCAGUGGAAGACAAGAAGGUGAAGGAGAGGACAAGAUUAGAGACGCACAUGAAGAACCAAGUAAGCCUUGACAAACUGGAAGAGAGGUGCGAUAAAGCUGGAGUCUUUGAUGUGGAAAAUGACCGUAUUACACCUUCAUGGCUUGGUGAAGCUGUUACGAACCAGGCGGCUGUUUAUCCAGAGCGAACCAUCAAGAGAUUUAUCAGUCAAAAGUUCGAGGACAGGAAGCUUGAACCUUGCCAGAUUGUGAACAAAUAUGGCAAGCCAUACAUUGAAGUCCAUAUCAAGGAUGGUGAGACUAAGGACGAGAUGAGUGCUACUUUUGAUGAUAACCAAGGGGUUCUCUCCGCCCACUUGGGAGGUGAGGACUUUGACCUCAGAAUCAUGGACUACUUCAUCAGAUCGAACGUGAAAGCAGAGGAUUAG